AUGCAAAGUCAGGGGAAUUAAUAGAAAUAUGAAUCUUCUCAUAUUCAAAGACCAAGUAUUACAAUAUUUAAGUAAUCGACUGAGAUGAAUAUUUAAACAGAUGAAGAUAUUGGUGAAUCUGGUUCAGAACCAGAAUAAAUAAUUUAAGAAACGCAAAAUAACGAUCCCUUACCUUCUGAUUAGUACAUUUACCUUCACAAAUAGAAAAAUUCAGCAUAAUAAUUCAGUUAUAGAAGAUGAUAAUAACGAAGGUGUGCUCGAAGAAAAGGAUUUGAAUAUUUCAAAGCAGAUAUUUUUGUCAAUGAAUUUUAAUAACUUAAGUUAGAUUAGAUUCUCACAUUUAGAUAAGGAAAAGGUAUCUGAGUAGUUUUACUGAGUGUAGAAAUUAAGGGCUGAGAUUAACCAUAUAGAAAUAAAUAACGAUAUCGUUUAUUAUCAAAUAGAGACCUAGUCAUCUUAAUUACAGUAUGUUGUAAAAGUGAAGAGAAGAUACAAUGACUUCAAGCUUUUGUUAAGGGAACUGUAAAUUCGAUUCCCUCAACUCAUAUUGCCUCAACUACCAAUUGGAAUAGGAGUGGGAAAACUUAGCAAUCGUGAUGUAGAGGAUAGAAAAAGAUUGUUACAGAAUGUUAUCAAUAUUAUAACUAUGCAUGAAGAAUUGAUACUUUCAAGCUCUGUUAAAAAUGUAUAAUUAAACUGACCUAUUAUUAGUUUUUUGAAGAAGCAGAUCAACAGGAAUUUGAGAAUAAAAGAAUGUAAGGCUAAUUCAAUUUGAAGGGAGGUCUGGCAUAAAAUCUAUAAGUAGUCAUAGACAAAAGCAUCAAAUCACUUGGAUAAUUAAAAAAUUGGUGGAAUGGGUCCACAUCAAACAAAAAAUGCGAAGAUUUACAAUAAAUAUAGUUAGAAUUGCUAAGAUUAUAUAAAUAUUAAACUAAAUGUUAGAAAUUGCUUUUUAGCAUAUAAGCCUAAUAAAGGAAAUAACAAAAAAUCAAAGAUAUAAUUGCAUAAUAAGAUAGUUAAAAAACGUAAUUGUUGAUUGAAAUAAAACUUCACGAUUGUAUAUUCGAUUAUGCAAAACAUUUGGAUUUUUAAACUAAUACGUUAGAGGAUAAAUUUGUAAUUAACAUGAGUAUUUUAGGAUUAAUUUUAUCAGCAGCAAAUUUGGCAAUUAAUGAAUGUAAUUGAAUUUAUAGAUUAUGUUGACAUAUAUUAUAAGCAUUUAGUUGAAUUCAUUGAUGAUCUUAAUGAGUAGUUAAAUUAGGUUUCUCCAAAUCAAUAAACGUAUUAAAACAUGUAAUUGCUAGUCAUUAAACAAUUAAGGAUGAGAUCAAUAAGUACUUGAGUAAAGCUAAAGAGUAAUUUUGUAAUAAAAAGGAUGGCAUAAUUUCAAAAUAUUUGGAACUCUAAUAAAAUGGAUUAACAUAUUUUUACGUGAGUUAGCAAUAAGAGAUUUGGAAUUAUGCUUCAGAAAUUAACAACAAAUUUAAUUGA